AUGGCCAAGGAUAUUUACAAGACGUUCAAAAAAUCGAUAUCGGCGGUGACUGGUGGAAACGGAGAGAAUGUGAAAUAUCGCGGCGGGACCGGACGCACGUGGAUUCAUCCGCCGGAUUUUUUGAUAAACGGACGAGUCGAGUACACGGCGAGAUUCUUGGGAUGUGUGGAGACGUCGAAGCCGCAUGGAAGCGAUGUUGCGAAAGAAGCGAUUCACGCGAUUCGAUUUCAGCUUGAUUUGAAACGCUCGGAAAUGUCACGCGAGAGCGCGAAACUUCAAAAAGUCGACAUUCAAAUAUCGAUUGAUGACGUCACGAUAGCGGAUAAUAAAACGAAAUUGGUGAUGUUUCAAUUCCCGUUGGGACGCAUCUCGUUUUGUGCCGACGACAAAGACGACAAACGAAUGUUCUCGUUUAUCGCGCGCGGCGGCGAGCCGAACGCGAAGCACAGCUGUUUCGCGUUCACGUCGGAGAAGCUCGCCGAGGAGAUCACGCUGACGAUCGGCGAGGCGUUCGAUUUGGCCUACAAGCGAUUCCUCGACAAAAAUCGAAGUACACUCGAGAACCAGAAGCAGGUCUACAUUUUGAAGAAGCGCAUCGCCGAACUCGAAUCGGAGAAUCAGGUGCUCAGCGAGCGGCUCGCCGAGGCGAUUCAAGGUCAUGGCGGUGGCGCGCCGCCGGCUCUUCCGCAAACGCCGAUGCCGCAAUCGCCGCCGGCGAGCAUCUACUCGAGUCCGCGUUAUGACGCGGCGGCAGCAGCAGCGGCGCCCAUCGAAAUGGCGCCAAAAUUGCCGGCGCCCACAAUUCCGCCGCCACCAUUGCCGAUUGCGCCGCCACCGCCACCAAUUGCGCCACGACGCCAACCGCCACCGCCACCGCCUGCGCCAGCCGCCGACGAAUUGAGGGGAUUGAAGAUCGGCGACGACGUGUUCGACGACACGUUCGAUCCGCGCGCCGACGAGCCGAAGAAGGUUGAAGUGCCGGCGGCGACGUCGCCGAAAACCGCCGACGAUUUUCAGGCGAUGAUCGACACUGUUGAGAAGAAACUAGCCGCCAUCAAUACCGGAAAAACGGACGAUUUCGAGUUUUUGCAAACCGGCGAGUUGCAUGGUGUGAACGGCGCCGAGAGCGAAUACGGCACACCGUCGGAUCGCCUCAAUCCGGAAGUGAUGAAUUUGAAAAAGUGA